AUGGCGGCCACAACCUCCAUCCUCUUACUAUGUCUAUUCCUCUCCCUCACCGUUUCCCUCGCCCACGCCUCCACACCCGACGCCGGCCAAUUCUCCACAACUCUCCGCCCCGAGAAAUUGGGACUCCACCGCAAGGAAAAGCUGACCCACCUGAAGUUCUACUUCCACGACAUCGUCAGCGGCCGCAACCCCACCGCCGUCCCCGUGGCACGCGCCGCCAUGACCAACACCUCCCGCUCGCUUUUCGGGCUUGUCAACAUGAUGGACGACCCCCUGACCGUGGGCCCCAAAUCGAGCUCCAGGCCUGUGGGCCGGGCCCAGGGGAUCUACGCCUCGGCCUCCCAGACCGAGCUCAGCUUCCUGAUGGUGCUCAACUUCGCAUUUACGGAAGGCAAGUACAACGGCAGCAAUCUCAGCGUGUUGGGCCGGAACAGUGUUUUCUCCGGGGUCAGGGAGAUGCCUGUCGUCGGUGGAAGCGGGGCCUUCCGGUUCGCCCGCGGGUACGCUCAGGCGAGGACUCACGAGUUCGAUCUGAAGACCGGCGACGCGGUGGUGGAGUAUAACGUCUACGUCUUCCAUUACUGA